CACCGACGAUGGGAGCGCGCACCUGGCGCGUGGGCUUCCGCUGUCUCCUCCUCUUGGUUCUGGCUGGGUCCGCCCGCAGCCAAGGCGAACAGACGUGCGAAGAAGUUCGGAAACUUUUCCAGUGGCGGCUGGCGGGUGCGGCCAAGGGGCUGCAGGAUUCGCCGCGGGCAGGAUCUGAUCUUCAGGUUUGCAUAUCCAGAAAAUCGACAUGUUGUACCAGGAAGAUGGAGGAGAGAUAUCAAAUUGCUGCUCGCCAAGAUAUGCAACAGGUGCUUCAAGCAUCCAGCUCCACGUUGAAGUUGCUGAUAUCUCGGAAUGCGGCAGCUUUUCAGGAAACUCUUGAAACUCUCAUCAAGCAAGCAGAAAAUUACACCAGCAUCCUCUUCUGCAACACCUACAGGAACAUGGCGUUGGAGGCCGCUGCUUCAGUUCAGGAAUUCUUCACGGAUGUGGGGCUCUAUGUAUUUGGUGUGGAUGUUAAUCUCGAAGAAUUUGUGAACCGAUUUUUUGAUAGUCUUUUUCCUCUGGUCUACAAUCACCUCAUUAACCCCGACGUGACUGACAGUUCCCUGGAAUAUUCAGAAUGCGUUCGCAUGGCUUGUCGAGAGGUUAGUCCAUUUGGAAAUAUUCCAAGAAGAGUAAUGGGACAGAUGGGGAGGUCGCUGCUGCCCAGCCGCACCUUCCUGCAGGCACUCAAUCUAGGCAUUGAAGUCAUCAACACCACAGACCACCUACGCUUCUCCAAAGAGUGUGGCAGAGCCCUCCUGAAGAUGCAGUACUGCCCCCACUGCCAGGGCUUGACUCUCAGUAAGCCCUGCAUGGGGUAUUGCCUUAAUGUUGUGAGAGGCUGCCUCGCUAACAUGGCAGAACUUAACCCACACUGGCAUGCUUAUAUCCGGUCCUUGGAAGAGCUGUCAGAUGCCAUGCGUGGGACUUAUGACAUUGAGCAUGUGCUGCUGAACUUCCACCUGCUUGUGAAUGAUGCCAUUUUGCAGGCUCAUCUCAAUGGACCACAGUUACUGGAACAGAUAAAUAGGAUUUGUGGCCGCCCAGUAAGAUCUCCUACUCGAAGUCCUCGUUGUUCUUUUGAUGAGAGCAAAGAGAAGCAUGGGAUGAAGAUCUCUGCGAGGAAUGGUGAAGAGACGCUGGCCAACAGAAGAAAAGAAUUCAUCAACAGCUUGAGGCUAUACAGGUCCUUCUAUGGAGUGCUGGCUGAUCAGCUUUGUGUUAAGGAAUUAGCUGCGGCUGAGGGGCUUCCCUGCUGGAAUGGAGAAGACGUGGUUAACAGCUACACUCAGCGUGUGGUUGGAAAUGGAAUCAGAGCCCAGGCUGGAAACCCUGAAGUCAGAGUCAAGGGAACUGAUCCUGUGAUACAUCAGAUUAUUGAUAAACUGAAGCAUAUUAUUCAGUUGCUGCAGGGCAGAUCAGCCAAGCCCAGCAAGUGGGAGCUUCUGCAGCCUGGCAGCGGCGGAGGCGGCACACCUGAACAAGUGAGUGGGGACUGUGACGAUGAGGAUGUCUGUGCGGGAUCAGGAAGCGGGGAAGUCAAGAGGACCUUAAAAAUCACAAACUGUGAGUGUAUCAUUCCAAUUCUACCUGAGAGUUUAUUUUGA